AUGAAGGCCUUUGCAGCUUCUUUCCUGGCGGCCGCCCUGUUCGCGGUGACAGCCUCCGCCGACCCCAUUCAGGCAUGCCCCAACGACGUUUGCUUCCAGGUCGCUGUGCCCCAAGACGCUUCGAGCUCUGGUAGCGGCAACCUUUACUUCCAGAUGUCUGCCCCGACCAGCUACCAAUGGGUUGCUCUUGGAACCGGCUCGUCCAUGUCCAACUCGAACAUGUUCCUCAUGUACACCGACGGCAGCGGUAACGUUACCAUCAGCCCCCGUACUGCACGCGGUCACAACAUGCCCACGCUCUCCUCGAGCACCAACCUCCAGCUCCUUGCCGGCUCCGGCGUCAAGGACGGCAAGAUGAUCGCCAACGUCCUCUGUACCAACUGCGCGAGCUGGAGCUCUGGCACGAUGGCCCUCAACUCGGCCACCAGCUCCUGGAUUGGGGCUUGGAAGUCGGGCAGCGCUAUAAAUUCGGCCAGCACCAGUCAGAGCAUCCAGCAGCACGAUGACCACACCAACUUCAACAUCGACCUGACCAAGGCAACUGUGCAGACGGACAGCAACCCUUUUGAGGGUACAUCCGGCGGUGGCAGUGGCAGCGGCAGUGGCAGCGGCAGUGGAAGCGGAAGCGGAAGCAGCGGCGGCUUGUCCAACGUCCUCCUCGCUCACGGCAUCAUAAUGUCGAUCGUGUUCAUUUUCUUGUACCCUGUCGGAGCCAUCCUCAUGCCCUUGGUGGGCAAGUGGAUGGUCCAUGCUGCCUGGCAGUCGGUCGCCUUCCUCCUCAUGUGGGCUGGUUUCGGCGCUGGCUACGUCUAUGCCCGCGACAACGGAUAUCUCUUUGCGCAAACCCACACUCUUCUGGGCACCGUAGUCGUCGCCAUGCUGGCCAUCCAGCCGUUCCUCGGAGUGGCACACCACAAGUACUACAAGAAGUACCAGACCCGUGGUAUCGCCAGCCACGCCCACAUCUGGUACGGCAGGGCUCUGAUGCUCCUCGGAAUCAUCAACGGCGGUUUGGGCCUCGAGCUCGCUAGCUCAUCCCGGUCCUAUGUCAUUGCGUACUCUGUUAUUGCCGCUAUUAUCGGCGUCGCAUGGAUUGGAUCCGCGGUAUGGGGCGAGAGCCGCCAGUCCAAGCGCACCGUCAAGCGUGAGCAGAGCUACGACUCUCCGGGCUCGCAGCAGCGCAUCCCUUACCGCCAAAAGAAAUAG